AUGGAAUUUAAAGUUGAAAUUAAGGAUGAGUAUAACCAAAAAGGUAUAGAGAGUCAGCUUCAGCUAUCCACAUCAACAGAUCUUGAACAUUUAAAAAAUAAACUAGAUAACUCAGAAAUGGCACUAAAAGCUAAAAUUAAGGAAGAGUUUCCUGAAGGUGGCCAAGGAUAUAUAGAGAGUCAGCUAUUUACAUCCCCAGAUCUUGAAGAUUUGAUUAAUAAACCAGAUGAAGAUAACUCAGUGUAUAUGUCAACUAUGGAAUUUAAAGUUGAAAUUAAAGAUGAGUAUAACCAAAAAGGUAUAGAGAGUCAGCUUAAGCUAUCCACAUCAACAGAUUUGGAGCAUUUAAAAAAUAAACUAGAUAACUCAGAAACGGCGCUAAAAGCUAAAAUUAAGGAAGAGUUUCCUGAAGGUGGCCAAGGAUAUAUAGAGAGUCAGCUAUUUACAUCCCCAGAUCUGGAAGAUUUGAUUAAUAAACCAGAUGAAGAUAACUCAGGUGAGAGAUGUGAUAAAAGUAUGUAG